AUGAAGUUUGCCAGCGACCUAGAGAAGAAGACUUUUGAAAAGCUCGUUGAGCAGCUACCUUCUUUGAUCGAGAAGAAAUGCCAAGGCUACGAUGAGAUGUAUGGGUAUAAGCUUUUGCCAGGCGAGCAUUACGACGAAAGCAUUGCCCACGCUCUAGUCUACAAGUACUGCAAGGCUUACAAGUUCCAGUACGAUGAGGUAGCGUCUAACCUCUGUAGCACACUGAAUUGGAGACGCGAGUUUGAUCCUCUAAGCGCUGCAUUCAGCGAGCGUCAUGACGAAACAUUGAACAACGUGGGACUUUUGACCAAAUACGACGACGAGCAAUCCAACCGGAAAGUCGUCACCUGGAAUCUGUAUGGAGAGCUGUCAAAGCAGAAACAGGUUUUUGCAGACGUUAACAAAUUCCUGCGCUACAGAGUCGGAUUGAUGGAAAGGUCCAUCGGUCUACUUGACUUCAAGGACGAGACGAACGACUACGUUGCGCAGGUGCACGACUACGAUGGCGUCUCUAUGUGGCGGAUGGACCCUGACAUCAAAAAGUGCACCAAGCAGGUCAUCGCGGUUUUCCAGAAGCACUAUCCGGAGAUGCUGUCCGCCAAAUUCUUCAUCAACGUUCCCAGUCUCUUGACCUGGGUUUACGACGUGGUGAAAAGAUUUGUGAACGAGGAAACGAGACGCAAGUUCGUGGUACUGAACGACGGCACGAAGCUUGGCCAGUACUUGCCUGCAGCGCCCUCCAAGCUCUACGGGGGCAACUCCAAGCAGACGCUAGAGGAACAGAACGUGCUAGAGGUCAAGCCCACGCCAUACGCGCUGUAUUUGUUCGAGCAGAAGGUCGGUGCUGACGUCGAGUGA